AUGAAAUUUCGUCUGAAUCAAAUCAAGUUUUCGCGACAGUUGUUUCUCCGCCAUUCCUCGAUCGUCUUUUCCAUCUUUAUUGUCCCACAGAAUAAUAUAUUCAAAAUGGCGGCAAAGGGCAAUUUGAGGAUGAUUGCCAAUGAGGAGAAUGAGGAUAGAUUCGGUUACGUUUUUGCCGUGUCCGGUCCUGUCGUGACGGCGGAAAAAAUGUCGGGAUCCGCUAUGUACGAGUUGGUGCGCGUCGGUUACAACGAGCUGGUGGGAGAAAUCAUCCGUCUUGAGGGUGACAUGGCCACCAUCCAAGUAUACGAAGAAACCUCAGGUGUAACAGUGGGUGACCCCGUACUGCGUACCGGCAAGCCUCUGUCUGUGGAACUUGGACCAGGUAUUCUGGGCUCCAUCUUUGACGGCAUCCAGAGACCUCUAAAGGAUAUCCACGAGCUGACUCAAUCUAUCUAUAUCCCCAAGGGUAUUAACGUCCCCUGCCUGGCCCGUGAGACAGACUGGGAAUUCAACCCUCUAAAUGUUAAGGUCGGAUCCCACAUCACCGGAGGUGAUCUGUACGGUAUCGUGCACGAGAACACCCUGGUGAAGCACAAGAUGCUGGUACCACCCCGGGCCAAGGGAACUGUCACCUACAUUGCUCCUGCCGGCAACUACAAAGUCACUGACAUAGUGUUGGAGACGGAGUUCGACGGCGAGAAGGCGCAGUACAGCAUGCUGCAGGUGUGGCCGGUGCGCCAGCCGCGCCCCGUCACGGAGAAGCUGCCCGCCAACCACCCGCUGCUGACGGGGCAGCGCGUGCUGGACUCGCUGUUCCCGUGCGUGCAGGGCGGCACCACCGCCAUCCCCGGCGCCUUCGGCUGCGGCAAGACCGUCAUCUCGCAGGCGCUCUCCAAGUACUCCAACUCGGAUGUCAUCAUAUACGUUGGGUGCGGGGAGAGAGGUAACGAGAUGUCAGAAGUAUUGCGGGACUUCCCCGAGCUGACAGUGGAAAUCGAUGGAGUGACCGAGUCCAUCAUGAAGCGUACCGCGCUCGUCGCCAACACCUCCAACAUGCCCGUGGCCGCCCGCGAGGCUUCCAUUUACACUGGUAUCACACUGUCGGAGUACUUCCGUGACAUGGGCUACAACGUGUCGAUGAUGGCGGACUCCACGUCGCGUUGGGCGGAGGCGCUGCGUGAAAUCUCUGGUCGGCUGGCGGAGAUGCCGGCGGACUCGGGCUACCCCGCCUACCUCGGCGCGCGUCUCGCCUCCUUCUACGAGCGCGCCGGCCGCGUCAAGUGUCUCGGAAACCCCGACAGGGAAGGCUCCGUGUCCAUCGUGGGCGCCGUGUCGCCGCCCGGCGGUGACUUCUCGGACCCGGUGACGGCGGCCACACUGGGCAUCGUGCAGGUGUUCUGGGGGCUCGACAAGAAACUGGCGCAGCGCAAACACUUCCCCUCGAUCAACUGGCUCAUCUCAUACAGCAAGUACAUGCGAGCGCUCGAUGACUUCUAUGAGAAGAACUACUCUGAAUUUGUACCUCUUAGAACCAAGGUUAAGGAGAUCCUACAAGAGGAGGAGGAUUUGUCAGAAAUCGUCCAGUUGGUGGGCAAGGCGUCGCUGGCUGAGACCGAUAAGAUUACACUUGAAGUUGCCAAACUGCUUAAAGACGAUUUCCUACAACAGAACAGCUACUCGUCGUACGACCGCUUCUGCCCGUUCUACAAGACGGUGGGCAUGCUGAAGAACAUCAUCUCGUUCUACGACAUGUCGCGCCACGCCGUGGAGUCCACCGCGCAGUCCGACAACAAGGUCACGUGGAACGUCAUCCGCGACGCCAUGAGCAACGUGCUCUACCAGCUCUCCUCCAUGAAGUUCAAGGACCCAGUAAAGGAUGGCGAAGCCAAGAUCAAGGCAGAUUUCGACCAGCUUCUAGAAGACAUGUCUGCAGCCUUCCGCAACCUCGAGGAU